UUUUAAUCAUCCCGGAGCCACACUGAAAACACUUCUCCCUGAAAUCCUCUCUUAGCUGGUCAUCACUAACUUAGACCAUGUCAGCAUCCACUGACAAUGGUCCUUUUUGAGAUGGCAUCUGUGACUCAGCUAUUCAGAACCUAAUGAAGUUGGUGACUCUGUGACAAUGUGGAGAAAUCAUGUCAGAAAAUGCAGUUUGUACUGGGGCUGUCAAUGCUGUGAAGGAAGUUUGGGAAGAAAGAAUAAAGAAACACAAUGAAGACCUGAAGCGAGAGAAGGAAUUUCAACAGAAGCUAGUGAGGAUCUGGGAAGAACGAGUAAGCUUAACCAAGCUAAAAGAAAAGGUCAUCAGGGAAGAUGGAAGAAUCAUUUUGAAAAUAGAAAAAGAAGAAUGGAAGACCCUCCCUUCUUCUCUACUAAAACUGCGUCAGCUACAGGAAUGGCAACUUCAUAGAACUGGUUUAUUGAAAAUUCCUGAAUUCAUUGGAAGAUUCCAGAACCUCAUUGUAUUAGAUUUAUCUCGAAACACAAUUUCAGAGAUACCUCGAGGAAUUGGACUGCUCACUAAACUUCAAGAGCUGAUUCUUAGUUACAACAAAAUCAAGACUGUCCCCAGGGAACUAAGUCAUUGUGCCAGCUUGGAGAAACUAGAACUUGCUGUAAACAGAGACAUCUGUGAUCUUCCACAAGAGCUCAGCAAUUUGUUAAAGCUUACGCACCUUGAUUUGAGUAUGAACAACUUCACUAUAAUCCCUCUGGCAGUGUUGAACAUGCCUGCUCUCGAAUGGCUUGACCUGGGAAGCAACAGACUUGCACAACUUCCUGAUACUAUAGAAAGAAUGCAGAGUCUACAUACAUUAUGGCUACAACGGAAUGAAAUAACAUGCUUGCCAGAAACAAUCAGCAAUAUGAAAAAUCUGGGUACUCUUGUUCUCAGCAACAAUAAACUGCAAGAUAUUCCAGUGUGCAUGGAAGAGAUGACCAAUCUGAGGUUUGUCAACUUCAGAGACAACCCAUUGAAAGUGGAAGUAACACUUCCUCCCAGUGAAAGCACAGAAGAAGAAGAAGAACAGGAAUUAUUUGGCCUUCAGUUUAUGCAUGCAUAUAUACAAGAGUCCCGGAGAAGAGCAGAUAACCAAGUCAACUGUUCAACUACUUUACCAAUCUCUGUAAAUACUGAUGGAUAAUAUAACUCAAGAUGCCCUGCUGAAGAGAAUUACUUUGAGAAUUUGGUGAAUUUGCUAACAUUUGGACUUCUAAGUAAAAAACAAAGCUAUUACCAAAGUUCAGUGAGGCCACAACAUUUUUUAAAGUUCACAUCUCUACUACGUAAAGUAUAUUUCAUUAAUAUAAAAAUACAACUAAAAAAAUUUUUUUUUUGGU